GUGUUGGGGGAGUUGGGGGAGUGUGUGUGAUGCUACAACCUCCUUAUAAAGGGACUCUCUCUCACGUUGUGGCUUGGAAAUUAGAGCACAUUGCCUAAAAUUGAGGUCUCCACACACACACAUAACACGCCGAGUCACCGAGAGCCGCUGCCAUGUCUUGGAUGAACGUGGAUGAGAUGCUUCGCAGGGCCGAGACGCCUCUCUUCUGGGUCGGCGCGUCCACCGUGGCCUCCCUGGCGCUGUGGCUGCUCUACAGGCUGCUCUCAGGCUUUCGGAUCUGGGUCUUGGGAAAUGGACAGCUGCUGUCCCCGAAACUGGGCAAAUGGGCAGUUGUGACAGGAGCCACGGAUGGAAUCGGGAAAUCCUAUGCAGAGGAGUUGGCACGUCGAGGAUUUGCCAUGAUGCUGAUCAGUCGCUCCCAGGACAAGCUGGAUUACGUAGCCAAGACACUUGAGGAACAGUUUAAAGUCGAGACCAAGACCAUUGCAGUGGAUUUUGGCAGGACAGACAUCUACCCUAAGAUUGAGGCAGGACUGGCCGGUCUAGAGAUUGGUGUUCUUGUUAACAAUGUUGGAAUGUCCUACCCCUACCCAGAGUACUUCCUCCAUAUUCCUGAUCUGGACAACUUCAUCUCAACUUUGAUCAACGUUAACAUGACCUCAGUGUGCCAGAUGACCCGACUGGUGCUGCCCAGAAUGGUUGAGAGGUCCAAAGGUGUUAUCCUCAACAUCUCCUCUGCCAGCGGCAUGUACCCUGUCCCUCUGCUCACAGUCUACUCUGCCACAAAGGUCUUUGUGGACUUCUUCUCUCGUGGCCUUCAGGAGGAGUACAGGCGUCAUGGCAUCAUCAUUCAGAGUGUGCUGCCCUUCUUUGUGGCCACCAAGAUGACCCGUAUCAGGAAGCCCACCCUGGACAAGCCCACCCCAGAACGCUAUGUGGCCGCCGAGCUGACCACUGUGGGCCUGCAGACCCAGACCAAUGGCUACUUCCCCCAUGCUGUCAUGGGUUGGGUGACCACCAGGCUGGUGCCUAGCAGCCUUGUCAUCUUCCUGGGAGCCAGUAUGAACCGUUUGCAGCGCACCGGAUAUCUGCACAGGAGGAAGCUGCGGGAGCAAAGAAACGGAACAAGCCUGAAGAGUGAAUAGGAAGGUGGUCGUUGGUUAUGUGUUUGGUCGCUAUGUUCUGGCUGCAUGUAGUGUUCGAGGAAGACAGUGAGUUUGUAUCUGUGCGAUUCAUCCUCGAGUUACCUGAAAUUUCACCUGUGUGCCUUCAGUUGAUGUGCAUGUGUGAGAGAGCAUAACUUUAUAUUUAAGACCAUGACCUCUGUUCUGAUGCAAGUCGUCUUGAAUGAAAUGCAGAUUCUACAAAUUGCUAGGACCAAAGUAGCUGUCAAACUAUGCAGGUGCUGAAGUGAUUCUAAAGUGUUGCUCUUGGUAAAGGAAAUUAUUUUUCAUGAUAGUGAUAAGAAGAAAAAAAAACUUAAAAAAAAAAAAAAAUGGUGAUUUAUGUUAACCCUGCUGUUGUAAGCAGUGGAAACAUGGUGGUGGACAUAUCUUUUUAUAUAUAUAUAUAUAUAAUUAUUUAUUAUAUAUUUGUAUUAACAUGAGCCAAACUCAGACCUUGAAAGGACUAGCACAUAAGCCAGUGUUGUCUACAAACAAAUGAACCGUGAAGAAAAAGCAGUUUCUCCCUUAUCUGUUAUGUCAGGUUACCUGCCAUAACUUUUUGUUCUUUAUAUAUUGUGUGUUCCUAUAUUUACAUUCAAUCUCAGAUUAAACACAAGUGCCUUACAACUGUACCAUCAUUCAUGCUAGUGGUGGUUACAUUUAAUGAGAGGGGGCUCAUUAACUGGUGUAUAUGAGGGGAAUUUAACUGGUGCUGUGGCUAGUAAGCUAUAUACUCUCUCCAUUUUGUCACUGUCAGACCAUGUAUUUCUCAAUUAAUAACAGUGUUGUGCAAGGGUGUCAUUAACACAAAGACAUUUAGAGUUCAGAAAGGAGCAUGUUAUCUUUCAAGUGAAGUUAAAACGUGUUAAUCGGCACAAAAUUAGGUUUUCUCUUGACAAAAAUCAGUCACUCUGUUUGACCAAAGGUCUUAUGUAGGCCUGCCCUACAUGUAAAACUAAAUGUACUGUAAAAACAACAGACCUACCCAACUGUAUGCAUAACCUGUGCACAACUAUUUUGACUGCUGUGUCCCAUCCAUCUGUGCCAAGUAGCCCUGCAGGUCUGGCCAGUGCCUGAUGAAUACUUUUGUGAAGGGAGACAUCACCAAAGGGCCUUGUGAAGGUUUUCAUGUGUAAUCAUUUUUAAUAUGUUUGGAAUUGAUAGAAUUUCUAGAUGUGAAAUACACUGUUUUGCAUUUGUCUUGCGGCUGGCAAUAUUUCUCCUGUUAUAAAAACUCUGUAAUACUUUGCCGUGUGUUCUCUUUCAGACAGUUAUUAAAACUGAAUAAAAUGAAUAUUUGGAAUUUAAAA